UUAGAGUUGUGCUCAAGCCAAACUUUCAAUCUUAAUGAUGUGUCAAGAUUUAAUAAAUGAGCUGGCUCGUGUUCGACUCGACUCGGCUCGUUUACAAACGAGCCGAACAUGAACAAGACAAAGCUCGGCUCGCCUCAUUAACAACCCCAUAACCAUGGGUUAUGCACUAUAUCUCGAGCGGCAGUGUCCCAAGUUCAAAUCACACAUGCUACCAAUUAAAUAUUUUUUCACCCAUAUGCAAACUACUACUGGGAGUUUGAUAAUCAUUUUUUCAAAUUUUAGCGGUGUCCCACUAUCACUUAAAUAUUUUUAUACCCGUAUGCAAACUACUAUUGCGGAUUUGAUAAUAUUUUUUUCAAAUUUGAGAGUGUUCCGAGAUACCUCUAAACCCCCAUGGGUCCACCAAGGGCUAAGAUGGGUGUUGUUAAAAAUGACAACCCCUUGGGAUUGUCACGGUAUUUCUUUCCAGUCCUAUUGUGAGCGCAGAAAACAGCUACCAGGAGUAGUGACGGAGCCUGAAUUCUGAACAAGGAGAGGCUGACUUGAAUUAUUGUAAUUGAAGAAGGAGACUAAACCCUAAUCGACUAUUUUAAUUCGUAAAAUUUUACAAAACUUACAUGUAUAUUUUUUUAGGCAAAAUACACUUGUAUAGCCAAAACUUUUGCGUUUGUGCCAAUAAUAGCCAAAUUUGGAGAAAUACCACUUAUAACCAGCUUUUAAAGUUGUUGUAGGACAAAUAUAGCCAUCUCCGUUAGAUACUUUAAUGGUGUUAUUAACACCGUAAACUUAUUUGACAGUUCGCUGACUGGGCGCCAAAUCAACAGACACGUCAGCGCCAAAUAAGCAAAUAGUGACACGUCAUAUAUUUCAAUUAUUUAAAAUUUACACAUCAUAAAUUAAAACAAAAUUACCCUCAUGUACCCAUCUGCUUCGCAGAACCCAUCUUCCCCAACUCCAUCAUCUUCCCCAGCUCCUGCAACAGUUCAACCUGCCCGCACACCGAGUUUGUCGUGGAUCCCCGUCUCGUCCUCUCCGUUUCUACAGUCCAACCUCCCACCGCCUUCUAUGCUUCCCGCUACUGUCCCCUGGCUUGCGCCCCCGUAUGGAUCGAACAAUAUAGCGGCAGCUGGAUUCGGCUCAGCUCCGAACACGUUGACAGAGCUCGUACGGAAUAUGGAAAAGAGGGAUCUGACGAGGAUUGUGAGUAAUUUGAAGCUGGUGGUGUUUCUGAAUCCGUUUAGGGAAGAUCCUGACAAGGCGUUGAGGGAUUGGGAUCUUUGGGGUCUGUUCUUCUUCAUCGUGUUCGUGGGACUCAUCCUCUCUUGGUCUGCCUCUGUGAAGAAGACAGGGAGGAAGAGAGGAAGGAGGCUGACGCCGGAGCUGCAGGAGGACGAUAGUGGAUGAUGUGGUGAGUGGUGAAAGAGAAGUCAUGGCAGCCGUACACAAAUGGGGAUUAACAGCGGUUGAUUAUAUUAGUCUUCCAUACUUUUGUUCUUGUUCUAAAGUGUGAUUUCUUGUCUGCUACGCAUUAUUGAUGACUCAAUUAGAGGAAGAUUAGAGGGAGAGAAAUGGGAAGUUUGAGGGUUUGUGGACUUUAUUAAAUUUAUUUUUCAUUUUUAUUAAUCUACAUGGCAAUGUUGUUGAUGCAAUAUCGCCAAAUCAUCAUUUCCGUUUUUCCAGACAACUUGUUAGAUGACAUUGUUAAAGUAUUGGACGAAAGUGGAUAUAAGUGGUAUUUCUCCAAUUUUGGCUAUUUUUUGUACAAACGCGAAAGUUUUGGCUAUACGAGUGUAUUUUGCCAUUUUUUUAUAACUCAAAGUUUAUAAGAGUUAGAUCCCCUCUUAGCUUUAACCGAGUGUCACCACUAGCGAAUACGAAUGUCAAUGGGGCAGGUCCGGGGCGGGUUUCUUGGUACCCAGACCCCCCUCCCCAGACAGGUCGGAUAAUUUAUUACGGGUCGGGGGCAGGUCGACCCAAUGUGUAUGCAAUUUAUAUGAAAAACAUUAGAAAUAUUCUUUAUUUUUAUUAUAAGACCAAGAAAACAACAAUAUUAUGAUAAAUGUAGUUAAAUUAUUGGAGAAAUUGAGGUUUUCACUAAUUUACAACUUUAUUAUAGCUAAAAUAUGAUGUAAUAAAAGAAUGAUUCUAAGUAAUUUGACUAAGAUUACAAGUAAUUUAGGCAAGAACGGGUCGAGAAUGAGGUGGGUCAGGGCAGGUCGGGUCGAUGAGAGUACCCAUGCCUGUUCCGUCCCGCUCUAAAGUAGACCAAACAGGUCGGGUAAAACGGAUCAGGUCGAAAUUGUCAUCCUAUUAGCGAAGAGGAGGACAUGAGAUGCUUCGAAUUCCAGGAAGAGAUGCUACAAUUAGCUAAUGAGCCACAAAUAGUGGUCAACAAUAGGCAGCGGUGCCAGUUCCAGCGGAGAGGAGCAUCAUGUGAGUGGUGGACUGGUCGAAUGAAUGUCAUGGGCCUGCAGUCUGCACCUCCUGCUUUAAUUCAAGUCCUGCCUAAUUGUUAUUGUUAAUAACGACUUUCUCCCCCUAACCCACAUGCUACCAAAUUCAAAUUAAAAUUAAUCGGUGAACAGUCCGUUGGGUUGGGCCACCCAGCAGAGCUCAAGCGAAGUGUCUCAUAUAUAAACAUAAAGGUCCACCGGCCACGCUCAAGAAUGGUCAAGAAAGCAGAACUCGGAGAACGUUACGGCGAGAGACAGGGAGGGAGCCUUGGAUGACGAUAAUGGUGUCUCCUUUUUGUUUCGAGAGGAAAAGAAAUCAGCUUAGCCGCUUAGGGUUAGGUUAAUAAUGUUCAUUAACAUAAAUUAUUAUGGUUAGGAGAAGCCUACCUAAUUAGCCAAAGGGGUUUUAACAUUUCCACCAGGAAGAAAAAAAAACGAGGGCUAUUGUUUUUUAAUAAAAAUAACGUAAACAU